AUGAGCGUGAUUGAUCUACUUACUCGCGUGGACGCGAUCUGCAAGAAGUACGACAAGUAUGACAUCGCGCUGAAGGACUCCAAUGUCGCCGGCGACGAUGCCUUCGCCCGCCUCUACACAUCCGUCGAGUCCGACAUCGAAUCCCUCCUUCAGAAAGCGGAGACGGCUUCGAAUGAGAAGAGUAGGGCGUCGGCUGUAGCGAUCAAUGCCGAGAUUCGGAGGACUAAGGCCAAAUUGCUUGAAGAGGUCCCCAAAUUGCAGAGAUUAGCCGUUAAGAAGGUCAAAGGACUUUCUACAGAAGAACUUGCUACUCGCAAUGACCUUGUUCUUGCAUUGCCUGAUCGGAUUCAGGCCAUACCUGAUGGCUCUGCACCUGCACCCAAAUCAUCUUCGAGUUGGGGAACUUCAGCUCCUCGAUCGGAGAUCAAAUUUGAUUCAGAUGGGCGCUUUGAUGAUGAAUACUUUCAGCAAACUGAAGAGUCGAGCAAAUUCAGGCAAGAGUAUGAAAUGCGGAAAAUGAAACAGGCAUGUGAUGACCAAGGAUUAGAUGUCAUAGCAGAGGGUUUGGAUACUUUGAAGAACAUGGCUCAUGACAUGAAUGAGGAAUUGGACAGACAAGUUCCUCUUAUGGAUGAGAUCGAUACUAAGGUGGACAAGGCAACUUCUGAUCUUAAGAAUACCAAUGUUAGAUUGAAGGACACAGUUAAUCAGUGUGCUCAGGAGAUGAAAUGUGUGUUUUGUGAGAUCAUGUGCUUAUUAGUGCAAUCACACAGUAUAUUUAAGUUGAGGACCAUCUGUAACACAAGUUUGUCAUGGAUUAUGCUUAAUUACCAUUCAUUAUUUGGCAACUGGGAGUUCAGAAUGUGGACAAAGGAUGAAUGUUUGAUCUUUCUUGGAGUAUAUUGCUUGUGA